AUGGGGUUAAGAAAUCGACUGGGCUGGGAACCGACACGGCCAAAGCUUGUAGAGCUUAGAUCGGCCAAAUGGUUUAUUAUGUUCACGGUUUCCUUUGCGGCGUCUACGGAUAUUUUUAUGUAUGGCUUGAUCGUACCUGUCACACCAACGGCUCUGGAACGCAAAGUUGGCAUUCCCAGCGAUAAGAUUCAAUCAUGGACCUCCAUACUACUUGCAUUGUACUCGGCAGCUUUGCUGGCCUUUUCUCCCAUCGUGGGCUAUUUAGCAGACCGAUUUGAGAACCGUCGCUGGCCCCUUCUAUUAGGAUUGGCCGCGCUAGGCGCUGCAACAGCUCUACUGUGCAUCGGAACAGAUAUCGCUCUUUGGAUUGUCGGCCGUUUAUUCCAAGGAGCGGCUGCUGCGGUCGUUUGGACCGUCGGGGUAGCUCUGCUGGUAGACACAGUUGGCAAGGAUGGCCUCGGACAAGCAAUCGGAUACGUCUCAAUGUCCCUGAGUAUUGGCACGGUGGCUGGGCCAUUACUCGGCGGUGUCCUUUACCAGAAUGGUGGGUAUUAUUCCGUAUUCGGUCUUGCGUUUGGACUGAUUGGUAUUGACAUUUUCCUUCGCCUGGUAUUGAUCGAGAAGAAACAUGCUGCCCGAUGGCUAUCUCCUGAAAUGAGACCACUUUCACCUGCUUCAGGUCAUCGCAAGGAGACUCUUACUGAUAGAAAUGUUCAAUCACCCACGCCGGAACCUGUUCCGUCUAUUGAAAAUCCCGAGAAGCCGAAGAAAUCCCGACAUCCCUUGAAACAGGUAGCAACAUUGCUUAGCUCGCCUCGUCUUGUCGUGUCACUCUGGGGAUACUUUGUCGUUUCUCUGGUUCUGACAUCCUUCGACAGUGUCCUCCCAAUCUUCGUUGAGAAUACCUUCGGCUGGGCGCAGACCGGCCAAGGACUGAUCUUCAUUCCAAUCAUGGUUCCUCACAUUAUUGACCCCAUUACUGGUAUCAUCAUCGAUCAGUACCCAAAGUCUCCCCGAUACCUAGUAUCAGGCGCGUUUAUCUGCGCUCUUCCUCUGACCAUACUCUUGAGGCUCGUGAAAAAUGAUUCCAUGCAUGAUAAGAUUGUUCUUUGUGCGUUGCUCGCCAUGAUUGGCCUGUGCGUUGCUGUUUCCAUGACUCCUCUGGUUACAGAGGUGUUCCAUGCUGUCAAAGAGAAGGAAGACGAGUCUCCUGAUAGCUUUGGUCGUGGAGGCGCAAUGGCUUUAGCAUUCGGCCUCUCGAACAUGGGUUUUGCGACAGGCAGUCUGGUCGGUCCUUUCUUCGCCGGAUUCAUUCGCCAAAGUGCUGGUUGGGGUACUAUGGGUUGGUCAAUGGGCUUGAUAACCGCGGUCUCCGCCAUCCCAAUCCUACUCUUUCUAGGUGGCUGGAUUUUGAGAACCCCUCCUGCUAGCAUUGAGCAGUCUGGUCCGGAGCCUGAGUGA